UAGAGUCUCUUAGCCUCGAAUCAGUACCAGUUUCUGUUAUAACAAUGUACAUAAAUUAAUUCAAAUAGCCAACAUAUAACGGUUACACUUGUGGGAUAAUGAUCCCAGUUUAUUCUGGUUGUCCAUUCAAUUCAAUCAAUGUUGUCACUAAGACUAAACCUUCUAUUCUAGCUUGAAAGUUCACAUGAGCCGACUGUUAACAGUUACAGGGCCUCUAUACAAGGUUGGCAGUUAAUAUGCUCAAUGCAGGAUUGGAGCAGAAGAACUUCACCAUUUGAGAAGACCUCAUAAUUGGAGGGAUCAGUGCGGCCGACUUUAUUGUGUCGCAGCAGCUAACGUACAGUUAGCUAGGAUGCUACCAUGAUGCUCAACCCAUCAGCCGGGUUACCAGAUGACCGAAGGUCCAUGUACAAUCAGCCACAAAAGAGCGUGUACAAAACUGGAGAUAAAACCAGCCCUAUUAGCGUCAUACUGGUUAGCUCUGGCAGCCGAGGGAACAAACUGCUCUUUCGAUACCCUUUCCAAAGAGUGGGUGAGUGCCCGUCAUCUCUUACAGCAAAACAACGAAGUCCAUAUGCACUGAACACAACUGGGGAUGGUAUUGAAGAUCAGGAUGGUGAUUCAAGAGAACAAUCUCCACUAACUGACGAACAGUUGGUAGCAGGGUUCUCUGACAUCAUCCUCGCCACCAUCCUGGCCACCAAAUCUGAUAUCUGUGGAAAGAAGUUUGAACUGAAGAUAGACAAUGUUCGAUUUGUGGGUCACCCUACUCUCCUUCAGCAUCCUCCCAUCAUUCAGUCUGAUGAUUCGUUGCUUGUGUUGCCCAAGUUGAAGGUUUCCAAAACAGAUCCUUCACCUAAGAGAGAGAUGCCCACCAUGAUCUUGUUUAAUGUGGUGUUUGCACUCAGGGCGAACGCCGACCCCUCCGUCAUCAGUUGUAUGCACAACCUGUCACGACGCAUCGCUAUAGCCCUGCAGCACGAGGAGCGGCGCUGCCAGUACCUGACCAGAGAGGCCAAGCUGAUGCUGGCCGUCCAGGAUGAGAUCACCACCAUGACUGAGACAGAUGGAAGCCCCCAGUCCCCAUUUAGACAAAUUCUUCCCAAAUGUAAACUAGCCAGGGACCUGAAGGAGGCUUAUGACAGCCUUUGUACAACAGGUGUGGUGCGACUACACAUUAACAACUGGCUGGAGGUGAGUUUCUGUUUACCGCACAAGAUCCACAGGAUUGGUGGCAACUAUAUCCCCCCAGAGGCAUUAGAGCGCAGCCUUAAAGCCAUAAGACCCUAUCAUGCCCUGUUGCUGCUGGAAAGUGAGAAGGCACUGCUGAGCCAGCUUCCUCUGGACUGCUCGCCUGCGAUGGUGCGCCUCAUCAAGACCUGCUCAGCGGUGAAAAACCUGCAGCAGCUCGCCCAGGACGCUGACCUGGCUUUACUUCAGAUCUUUCAAAUUGCUGCCCACUUGGUUUACUGGGGCAAAGCGAUCAUCAUCUACCCGCUGUGCGAGAACAACGUGUACAUGCUGUCUCCUCAUGCCAACAUCUGCCUAUACUCACCACUGGCUGAGCACUUUGCCCAGCAGUUUCCUGGUCAUGAUCUGCCCUCCAUGUUAGCCAAGUUCUCGCUACCUGUCUCACUGGCCGAGUUCAGAAACCCCCUGGAAGCUCCUGCACAGGAGGCCCAGCUGAUCCAGAUGGUGGUGUGGAUGCUCCAGCGCCGCCUGCUGAUCCAACUGCACACUUAUGUUUGCCUGUUGGUACCGCCUGGCGAGGAUGACCCUGGGCUGAGGGAUGAAGAUCCUCCACUGGCCACCAGAGUAGGAGGCCGCAGUCUCAGCACCCCAAGUGCUCUCAGCUUCGGUUCCCCAACCAGCAGUGACGACAUGACCCUCACCAGUCCCAGCAUGGACAACUCCAGUGCAGAGCUGCUGCCUGGUGGAGACUCUCCACUCAACAAGAGGAUGACAGAGACGCUGCUCGCCAGUCUGUCAGAGCACGAGCGGCAGGUUAUUCUUAACAUCCCUGCUGCACAAAAUCCCGAGGAUCUGCGAAUGUUUGCCAGGCUGCUGCAUUAUUUCCGGGGACAUCACCACCUGGAAGAGAUUAUGUACAAUGAGAACAUGAGGCGCUCGCAGCUCAAGACGCUGUUUGACAAGUUCCGCAGUGUCCUUGUGGUGACCAACCAUGAGGAUCCCAUUAUUUCAAUCUUUCAGUCACCCAUGGAGUAGCGGCACAGGGACGGUAUCAGGUCUCACCAACUAGAAAAAGAUGUCAGUUUGAGAGCAGUUAAUAGCCUGCUGUGCUCACGGCUAAGUGCUUCUGCUCAACAAUUUUGUUUUUAAAAUGAACUGACACAAUGAUUGCAUCAAUGUGUGCAGAUUUACAAAGUGUAAAAAGUGUUUUUCCUUUAUGAGCCAAAUGUUUGUUUACAAUAUU